AUCUGUAAGUGUAUUGAAAGGUGAGAGGUUCAUCAUUGCAUUGUAUCGCCUGUAUGAGAAAAUUCAGAAGCAGAGGCGUACUAGAUACAGACUAUAUGAAGGAAUGUUCACACAGUUAGUAGUUACUCUUGGUGAAAUAUGUUACUUAGAGGCAGAACUGUGUUCAAGUGGAGAUGAAACUAUUUGGUAUAAACUGAGAGGAUGCAAGCGUGUUAUUUCUAAACCUGAUUGCAGGUUCUACAAACAGGGACAGCUGAUGAAUGUAAAUUGUGCAGAAGUAAAGCCAAAUACUGUAGUUUCUGUUAUUGAGGUAAAAAAAGCAAAAAAAUUUGAAGGAUUAGAACAUCCAGAAAAGAAGAAGAAGAGGUUUAAAAGCUCAGAGUCCUCAACCGAAGAAUCUCUUGAAGAAUUUGAAUCUAGUUCUUCAUCUGGUAUUUCUAGCCUAUCUUCAGAACAUGUGCUGGAAACAUCUAAAGAACAACUACCAGAAAUUCUAACAGAUUUGAACAAAAGAGUUCUUGGACAGCAUGCAGGGGAACUUUUACUAGACCUUCAUGAAUAUGGUUUUGAUGACCACACAUCAAAACUUACUUUGCCUGGAAUGAUAGUUGAUGGCACAAAGGUCUACUUUACAUUAUUGGAAAUGACAAAGACUCAUCAUGAAAAGCUUUGUAAGAAUCUUGAACUUGAUGAAACAGACAUAGCAACAAUUUAUUAUGCUAGACCAUUGGAUAUCUUAAGUCAGGAAAGUCGAAACAUCCUGAUAGAAAAUUUUGUUAGACUUAACAACAUUUAUUAGUCUUAUGGUGUCAAAUCAGGUACAAUUUUAAUUUGAUGUGAUCUGAACAUUUUCCUUUUGGUAUCCUCAUUACACUGUCAGCAAUCUGCCAAGGUGAUGAAAACAUGUAAGCUCUUUUUCUUAUAUGAAUAUUAGGAAAUCUUAAUAUUUAAAGAUAAUUUUGUUAAUUUUUGUUGAAGGUUUACAUGUUAAUAAUACGUUUGAUUCAUAUGAUUUCCAUUACAAGAAAAAUUCUAUUACUUUACACUGAUUUCUGAUGUCAUUUAAAUGUUUAAUGGGUUUACUGGGUCCCUAUAUUUUUAUAUGACCGCAAACAAAUUGGGUUCGAAUAAUGCUAUGAUGUCGUCUGCGUCAUCGUCGUCCGAAGACAUAUUUGGUUUCCGGACAAUAACUUUAGUUAAAGUGAAUGCAUCUCUAUUAAUUUUACAAGAAGGUUCAAUACCACAAAAGGAAGGUUGGGAUUGAUUUUGGGGGUUAUGGUACCAACCAUUUAGGAAUGAGGGGCAAAAAAUAAGCAUUUUUGUAGUUUCUGGACAAUUACUUGUCUGUAAGUUCAUGGAUCUCUCUGACAUUGUACCACUAUGUUCCAUAUCACAAAGGGAAGACUGGGAUUGAGUUUUGGGGGUUAUUGCCCCAAACAUGCAGGAAUUAGGAGUAAAAAAGGGGCCAAAACAAGCAUUUUUCUAGUUUCCAGACAAUAACUUGUGUUUAAGUGUACUGAUCUCUCUAAAAUUGUACUCCAAGGUUCCAUACUACAAAGGGAAG